AUGGAGGGCGAUGACAGUCAAUGGGUGGACGAGAGAGCCGGGCCCUCUCGCUCGCGCCUGUCCGAAGACGAAGACGACAACAUGCAGGGGUCGGAGCACGACGAUGAGGAUGACGACGACGAGGACGGGAGCGAGAAUGAGGAAAUGCCUCCUCCACCCGCCAGCGGACCCGGUCGGACCGCUUACGAGCGUCUCGCUCGUCUCGCCGGAGAGAGCGGGAUGCACCUGGACGAAGCAACCGCCAUGGCCCUAUUCGGCGGGGACUUCCGGAACUUUGGCGGCAUGUCCACCGGGAUGAGCAGUCGCUUCAAGCGGCUCAAGAACAACCUCCGGUCCAAAAACAUCUCCACCCGCCUCAGCGCCCUUCGCGAGUGCAGCGAGCUCCUCCUCGUCAGUAACGAAGACACCCUCGGCGGAACCUUUUCGACCAAUACGUUUGCCACGGAGUUCAUCGCUAUCUUGAAGGGCCAGCCGAAUAUCGAUGAGAACGGGGAGGAUGCGGGACCGAGCAAUGUCGAAGAGAUGGACGAGGAUGCGCAGCUGGCGGCGGCGCUCGCGAUGAGUACGGGCGGGGCGAUGCCCGCUGGCUUUGGCGGCGAUAAUGAGGAGGAGAUGGAGUGUCAGCUAGUGGCGUGUCGAUGUUUGGCGCAUCUGAUGGAGGCUUUGCCGGGGACGGGACAUACGCUGGUUCAUCUUGGAGCUGUGCCUGUGCUGUGCUCCAAGUUGAACGAGAUUGCGUAUAUCGAGCUGGCAGAACAGACUCUCAGCACCAUGGAGAAGAUCUCGGCCGAAUACCCUGCCGCAAUCGUCCGUGAAGGCGGCCUCGGCGCUCUCCUCAACUACCUCCCCUUCUUCUCUACCAACGUCCAGCGUACCGCCCUCACUGCUGCCGCCAACUGCUGCCGAGACAUCGCAAGCGAGCACUAUUCCAAAGUCAAGGAGGUCUUCUCCAUCCUCCGGGACACCCUCACGCAGGCGGACCAGCGACUCGUCGAGCAGGCCACACUCGCCGUCGUUCGGACCAUGGAGGCAUACCGGCAUAAUACGAGUCACCUUGAAGGUCUCCUCGAUCUCCCUACGGUAGUAGCUAUCAAUUCGCUCCUUCUUCCUUCUGGCGGAUCCCCACUCGUCUCCCCUGCUACCUACACUCAUCUCCUCCGGACCCUUACUUCCUCAGCUCGCUGCUCUGCGACCGUCACCAUUGCAUUCCUCGAAGCUGGAAUGACCAACACGGUUUACCAGAUCCUCACCGGUGUUCUCCCUCCGUCCGACAACUCGGCGGAGCAGGGAGAGUCGACCGGCGGACAAGGACUAGCGGGUGGCGUGGCGGAUAUGGCGGUUCUCCAGAACCUGGCCCAUCGGCCGAAGGACCAAGUCGAGGAAACCCUGGCGCUCAUCUGCGAGCUCCUGCCGCCAACUCCGCGGGAUGGCGUGUUCGACUCCAAGGCGUACAGCGAGAAAGGGUUGAGUCGGAUGAAGCGCAAGGGUGACAAGCCGGAGAAGCCGGAGAAGACUACCCGCCGGAGUAGCCGGACGGCGGAGAAGGAGAAGGCGGACACCGAGGCGAUCAUCGGCGCCGAAUUCGACUUGCCAGCUGCAGCUGCUGGUCCUUCGACUGUUCUAUCCACCCAGUCGACGCCCGGCGCGCAUCUAUCGGCUCUGACCAGCGCGCUCAAUGCGUCGGGCAUGAGCCAAGCGACAAAGGAUGCCCUCUUGAAGCAAAAGAGGGACGCCGAGACGCAGACGGAGCAGCGGCUGAAAUUGCUUUCGGAGCACCCGCAGCUUAUCGGUCGGUUCAUCCAGUCGAUCGUGCCGGUGCUGGUGGAUGUUUAUGCGGCUUCGGUGGCCGCGAGGGUGAGAACCAAGGUGUUGACGGGGUUGGUCAAGGCGAUUGCAUUUGGCGGGUCGGAUCAUUUGCGAGCUACGCUGCAAUCUGUACCUAUGGCGAGCUUCCUCGGCGCCAUCAUCUCGUCCAAGGACAAUCCUUACUUUGUUCUGUGCGCGCUCCAACUGGUCGAGCUUCUCGUCGUUAAGCUCAAGGACAUCUACCAGACUUCCUUCAUGCGAGAAGGGGUGGUGUUCGAGAUUGAAGCGUUGGCGAAGCAGGAGCCAAGUACCGUCAAGGCGGCUAGGGAGAAGGAGCAGGCCGCACUCAAUGCGGCGGUCAAGACGGAACCUGGAGAGUCGAGCUCGCCAGCUCCUAUCCCCGUCGCUGGGCCGUCUACCGGUCCCGGCCGGACCGCCUCCAUCACGCAUAUCCUAGAAGACCUCAAACCCCUCUUUGGGUCUUCUGGGCUGCCCGAGUCGUUCGGCGCCAUCCUGGCGGAACAUGCCCGGCCUGACCCCAACUCGCCGCACAGACACGGUCUCGUCAACCCCCUGGACGUCAACAUCUUCCGCGCGCGGGUCAUCGUCGCCAAGAAGCUGUUUGAAGUCGGCGGUGACCACCACAGUGCCGCGGUCGAGGUACUCGAGAAGCUCGCGGACCAGGUCAAGUCCAUUCUUGCCCCCGCGGCUUCGGACGGGGAACUCCGGGACGCCCUGGGCGAUAUCGCGUCCAACUUUGCGAGCGUCGACCGAUCGCUGUCCUCCUUUGAGCUGCUCAAGUCGGGCCUCAUCGAUGGUCUGCUCGACUAUGUCGAAGUGGACGGGACGGUCAACUCGGAAGAUCGCCGAAGCCUCCUCUUUGAGGUAUUCUCGGAUACGGCCAUUUCGUCGCCCAGUCCCCUCGUCAUGCUCGUUCGACGCCUCCACGAGUCGCUCGGCCGUCUGGAGAACUUUGAGGUCGAAGCUGCCUUUAACGGCAUUUCGGACUCGUCCCGCCCGUCUUCGUACAAUCUCGGUCGGACGAUGCGGAUCCGUCUCCAAGCGGAGGACGGGCAAGACGUGCCCAAGCAAGCUAUCGCGCCGAUGCAGGCGCUGCACGACUUCCUCAGGCCCAGAGUCGCCGAUCCGAACUAUAUGGCGCAUUCGGCAGGUGGGCUGUUUGGGGCCGCUGGAUUCGGUGGGAUGGGCAUCCCCAGGGGAGGUGCAGGCGGACCCGGCGGAAGUGGGCUAGGAAGCAGUGCGAGUCGGAUCUUGUCGGCCCUCGGAGGCGUACCUCAUCCGGGCGGUAGUAGCGCUGCGGCUGCUCUCGGAGGGUUUGGCGCACCCGGACCGUCUGGUAUCGCCUCAUCCGCCCCUGAGAGUGGAAGGAUGGAACCGCCCGCACCGGCUUCGGCACCAAAGCCUAUCGAAGCGCCAAAGAGGCGUCGGUCUGCCCGACUUAGCGCCGCCCAGACCGGCGCAGAUGCUAUUGACGAGGAUGCGCCUGGUCCGUCUGCCUCGGCGGCUCCGGCUCCGGCUGCGGCGCAGAUCCAGGCUUUAUCGUCAAGUGCGCCGGAAGCGUCCAUGUUCCCGGCGAUGCCGAUGGAUCUGGACUUUGAUGAUGACUAUUCAGACGAGUACGAGGAGGAGGUGUUCGAAGAGGAUAUGGAAGAGGAAUUGAUCAGGCCUACCGAAAAGGUGGUCAAUAUGUCGGUUGCGCCAGAUGGCUCGCGAGUCGAAGCCAAGACGCCCGAAGGAACGCGAGUCGCUACGCCCUCACAAGCGGCUCUCGCGUCCCAAGCGGGUCCUUCGGCCGGUACGCCCCGUUCCGCCUCGUACGCCGGUGCAGUCAAGACCGCUCCGGUAGAUUGGCACCUCGAGUUCAGCCUCGGUGGCCAGCCCGUCUCCCUCGAGGAUACGAUCUACGGUGCGGUCCACAAGUCCAGGGGCGGCCCCGCGUCUCUGGGCGGUGUUCACGGUGCGGCGGUUGUAUUGCGCUUCAAGAAGGUCGACGGGCCUGCUACUAAAGCCCCGGCUGAUGCGCCGUCCCCUCCGACUGCGACUGGGACUACUUUACCGUCUGCUUUCGAGCCCGAUGCGCCGACGUCCAAGAUUCUGCGAUUGUUGCGCGUGCUGCAUAAUCUUGUAAUGGAGGAGACGGCGGUCAGGGACGAUGGCAAGGUCGACAGGUCGUUGUUUGUUAAUAACAAACUCACUGCGAAGCUCGGCAGACAGCUCGAGGAGAUUAUGAUCAUCGCCAGUAACUGCCUCCCCGAAUGGGCCAUUGAACUUCCUAAACACUUCUCCUUCCUAUUCCCCUUCGAGACCCGAUACUCCUUCCUCCAAGCCACCUCCUUCGGCUAUGGCCGCCUUAUCGCCCGAUACCAAGCCGCCCAACUCGCCCGAUCCGCGGGAAGCAACCACCGGCGAGACGACCUCUCGCACCUCUCGCGUAUCGUGCGCCAAAAAGUCCGGAUCUCGCGCUCGCAACUGCUCGAAUCGGCGGCCAAGGUGUUGGAGCUGUACGGGACGAGUAAUGGGAUAUUGGAGGUAGAGUACUUUGAUGAGAUUGGGACGGGUCUCGGUCCGACGCUCGAGUUUUACUCGUUGGCGAGCAAGGAGUUUGCGAGGCGGACGUUGAAGCUCUGGAGGGACGAGGAUGAGACCAAGCCGGGGGCGUAUGUUUUCCAUCCGAAGGGACUGUACCCUUCGCCUGCGGGACCAGCGGAGGAGUCGUCUAGUACACCGGGGUCCAAGAUGGCGUGGUUCAAGACCAUCGGUCUCUUUGCGGGUCGAGCACUCCUCGACUCCCGAAUCAUCGAUAUCAACCUCAACAAGGUAUUCCUCCGCCUCAUUCUCGGCCAGCCGGUCAAGAAGAAUAUCGCGACUCUGAAAUUGGUGGAUCCGACUAUUGCGAGGUCGAUGGAGCGGCUUCAGGCUUACGCGGAGGCAAGGAAGGAGAUUGAGGCUAUGGCGCUGCCAACACCUGCCAAGAGAAACAAGCUGAACUCGCUCUCGGUGAACGGUGCCAAGUUGAGGGAUCUUUCACUGGACUUUACGCUUCCGGGGUACGAUAUCGAGUUGAAGCCCGGCGGAUCCGCUAUCGACGUGGACGAUUCCAACCUCGAAGAAUUCCUCGAGCUCGUGCUCGAGCAGACGCUGGGCGCGGGCGUCACUCAGCAAGCUCAGGCGUUCAAGGAAGGUUUCUCGAUGAUCUUCCCGAUCAAGGAUAUGCGGAUCUUUGCGCCAGAGGAGCUGGGGUUGUUGAUUGGGAACGCGGAUGAGGAUUGGAGUCGCGAGACGAUCGAGCAUGCCAUCAAGGCCGACCAUGGGUAUACGCUCGAGAGUAGGGCGGUGCAGAACCUGGUGGAGGUCAUGGCGGGGUAUGAUAAAGAGGAGAGGCGGCAAUUUUUGCAAUUCAUCACUGGUGCUCCCAAGCUACCUAUCGGCGGGUUCCGAGGCCUCACACCGCCCUUCACGGUCGUACGGAAACCACACGAAGCGCCGUUCAGGGCAGACGAUUAUUUGCCUAGUGUGAUGACUUGCGCUCAGUACUUGAAGAUGCCGGACUAUACGUCGAAGGAAGCUCUGGACAAGCAGCUCCGCCGGGCCAUCCUCGACGGCGGUGGCUCGUUCCACUUGUCCUAG